CCUCACUCACUACCAUAAACACAUUCCAGCACCACUCAUCAUUGGUCUAAUCAUUUCAUUUCUUGAUGUGUUAUUUGAGUUUAUACAUAAUUUAUCUGCCCACACAAGAUCUUCAAAACUCGUCCACUAAUAUAGUAAUAAAUAGUCUCAUCAGCUGAGUUACGAUAUGGAGAUUGAGGAAACAUCAUCAAGGAAGCAGAUGAGUGACCAGGUUUCACUUGAUAUUGAAAAAUUAGAAAGGUGUAUGAGAAGCGAGAUGAAAAGCUUGCAUCGUUUAUCAGAUCAAUGUUGCAUAUAUAGAGUUCCUGUGCAACUACGCGAGUUAAAUGAAAAAGCCUACACCCCUCGAGUAGUCUCCAUUGGCCCGCUUCACUAUGGGAAGGAGGAAUUUCGAGCAAUGGAAGAGCAUAAAAAAAGGUACCUGUUUGAUUUUUUAAAUAGGAGCGGGGUAAGCUUGUUGGAGUUCAUUAAAGCCACUGAGACAUGUGAGACAGAAUUGAGAAAUUGUUAUGCAGAAAACAUUCAAUUUCCCAGAGAGGAUUUUGUGAAAAUGAUGUUAACAGAUGCGGCUUUUUUGAUUGAGUACUUUCUAAAAAGAUAUUUCGGUGGCUGGCCAAAAGCAGAUCGUAUAUUCAGAAAACAACGACUUACAAACAAUAUAAGGUAUGACAUAUUGUUACUUGAGAAUCAGGUUCCUUUCUUCUUCCUUGAGAAGUUAUUGAAUCUAUCUAAGGUUGGAAUUUCCAUAGUUGAGUUGAUCCAGUGUUUUUUCACUCGUGAAGUUAUAAGGCUAUCUCUAAAGCUAAAAAACUUAUCGGAGAAGAGCUUUCAAGCGCUGCAUCUUGUUGACUUCCUAAGAAUAUGUCUGCAGCCAUCAAACCCAACUCCAAACAAAAAAUAUAGAAAUUUAUCCACACCCACUAUUACGCAUCUCCAUCAAGCGGGAGUGAAGUUUGAAUCCAGUUCAAGCCAUUGCCUACUUGACAUAAAAUUUGAAAAGGGAAUUUUGUAUAUUCCAGAAUGGAAAAUUACAGAUCAUACAGAAACUUUACUUAGGAAUAUAUUGGCCUUUGAGCAGUGCCAUUCGUCUGACAACUAUACCAGUGACUAUGUUAUUAUCAUGGAUUUUCUUAUUAACGAUGAAGAGGAUGUCGAACUACUCAUUCAAAAUGGAAUCAUAGAAAACUGGCUGCAGGAUAACCAAGCCGUAGCAACCUUUGUCAACAGUCUUGGCAAUCAGACUCUUGUGGGUGAGUAUUUCUAUUUUUCUGAUCUCGUUAAAGAUCUUAACGCGUACUGCAAGAUCCCUAGGAACAAGUGGAAGGCAACCUUGAAGCAAAAGUAUUUCAAUAAUCCAUGGACUAUUAUCUCUGUUAUAGCAGCUUCUUUUCUCCUCAUGCUCACUGUCAUCCAAACAGUAUGUUCCAUCCUUCAAGUGGGCUAAUUAAUUUCCAACGUAUAUUGCAAUUGUAAUUCUAAUUAAGCAGGCUAUGUUAAUGUUAUAUAUAUUUCUGAUUA